AUAAUAUGGUAGAAGUCCGACCUGAAUGCAUGGGUCAUCGACGUUUUGUCUCUAAAAAUAUCAUCAAUUAAUUAUUUUGUAAUUCAAUUUCAAAAAAUAGAUUUAAAAGUGAAAAAACGAAUAUAAAUAUAGUGUACUAAGUUCAAGAACUUUCAUACAUUUUUAAGCCGGCUUUUUUAAAACAAUCCUCUCUGUGCGUCUCUUAUCAACUCUCCGAGCGUCUGGGAUACCAUUUAGGUAUUGAUUGACCACGAAAGAGGUUUAAAGGAAAAUAUUAAUUAAGAGUUCCUACAUAUAAUAAGUUGAGUGUUGAUAAAAAUUUAAUAUAAGCAGUAACAAUGAAAAUAAAAUUACUGAAAAACUUUUUACACUGCUUCAACUUGAAGCAAGGGACUAUUCUCAUUGCUAUCAUACAAUUAUUUAUAUCAGGAAUUAUUAUGACUUUUUUCCUCUUGGCUUUGGCUCAUGCCAUGGACAUUCAAGAGAUGGUUGCCAGAGAUUCAGAAGAAGCACUUGAAAGAGAAGCAAUGGAAGCUAUAUCAUCUAUGCAUCAAAACACUAAAAAAAUGGAUAUUGCUCAUCAUCAUGCUACAGAAAAAGUUUAUUCAAUGUAUUGUGGAUUAGUUAUCUCAGUAACUCACUUUAUAUCAACAUUAUUGCUCCUUUAUGGAAUUAUAAUAAAUAAUCGACAUUUUAUGGCACCUUGGAUGACAGUUAUGAUGACAACGAUUGUAGCACUUUUCCUAUCGCUCUUUUUAGUCCAACAAGACUGUCCUUUCAUUGCUAUUCUUGGAGGCACAGCUGAUUUAACAGAACGACUCAUCGUCAUCUUUUUGAUAAAUAUCUGUUUCUACAUCUGGUUCGUUGUAUAUAGUACUUACAAGAGUUUAGAAGUGAAAAAAGGUGGAUUAACUCAUGAAAUCCAUAAUGUGAAGAAGACUAAAUAUGCCUUAACUCCUGGCGAAGGUACUAGCAAUGGGAAGGUUCGUCUUCAUUCAGGUACUCAAAUUCCUUAUGAAGUUUAAGAAACUCUCAGUAAAAAUAACAUUAAAUGGCAACUG